AUGGCCAGGACGUACGCAGACGCUGUAGCGUCGCUGAACACGCUGCAAAGCAACUUUGCCAUCGUUGACGCGAUACGCAAAUCCGGUCGAAAGAUGAACGAGCAAGCCAUCCCCGAGAUGAUCGAGUGGCUGCGAAGAAUCGGAUACCAACCUUCCGACCUCAACGUACUGAGAGCUAUACAUAUAGCUGGGACGAAAGGGAAAGGUUCGACAUCUGCUUUCAUUUCCUCCAUCCUCACACAGUUUGUUGGUGUCGAUGGAAGCCCUGCUCUGUCAAAAGUUGGCUUGUACACUUCACCACAUCUACGAUUCGUGAGGGAAAGAAUACAAAUCAACGGGGAGCCCUUGUCAGAACAUCAGUUCGCAAAAUAUUUUUAUGAAGUAUGGGACAGGCUUGAGGCAGCCGCACAAGCAGUAGGGGAAGAUCCGACUUCUCCGUCCGCGAAGCCUGUCUACUUCAGGUUCCUGACUCUGAUGGCUUUUCACACAUAUGUAAGCGAAAAGGUCGAUGCUGCCGUUAUUGAAUGCGGAAUUGGCGGGGCAUAUGACAGCACAAACAUCAUAGAGACUCCGGUGGUGACGGGAAUCACCAGUUUAGGGAUUGACCAUGUCGCCGUGCUUGGUUCCAGUAUCGGCGAAAUCGCAUGGCACAAGGCUGGCAUUAUGAAACCAGGUGUGAAGUGUUUCACAGUCGAUAGUCAAUUGCCAGAAGCGAAGAGUGUCCUCAGCCAGGUAGCUCGAGAGAAGGGCAGUCAUCUCGAGUACGUCGGAGUCGACCCAGCAAUCGCCAGUGGCGAGACACCACUCGGUCUUACAGCAGACUUUCAGAAAAUAAAUGCAAGCUUGGCCGUCGCAGUUGCAAAAGAAUGGCUGCAGAAGCAGGGCGUCGUCGAGACAGAAAGCCUUGAGGAAAAGGUUAAACAUGGCCUAGAAAGAGUUCAUCUGGCAGGGCGUUGUGACACACGACAUGAGCCCGGGAUACGAUGGUGCAUCGACGGCGGUCAUACGCUGGAGAGCAUCGAACUCGCUGGGAAAUGGUUCGCCUCUCAGCUCGCCACACCCAGCACUGACCGUGUGCAACUCGAAUCUCACCCGCAACCUCGCUUCUUGAUCUUUAAUCAACAGACUCGCGAUGCUGAUGCUCUAGCUAAGGCACUUUUCAACACCCUCUCAACAGCCCUUGAGGAUGCCCACCCUUUUACUCACGCAAUCUUUUGUACAAACACUACGUUUAAAGAGACAGGCUUUCGACCCGAUCUAAUCUCUGUCAACACGAACGCGUCAGACGUUGCCGUCCUCAAGGUGCAGAAUCAUCUCGCGGAGACCUGGAAGCAACUAGACCCCGCCACGCACGUGGAUGUCGUCCGGACAAUCGAGGAAGCAGUGGCCUUGGUGAGAAGCUUCUCCAGGACACAUGUGAACCUUGAGCAAGAAAACAAGAGCCAGGUCACUGCUCUAGUCACUGGGAGUCUUCACCUGGUCGGCGGCUUCCUCGAAGUUUUUGAAAGCACCAGUAAUACUGCGACGUAA